CGGUUCCCGUGGCAACGGCCGGUCCCAGUUUCCACCAAUCGAUGCGGCGGCGCGGGCCCGCGGGCCGGGAGGGCGCGUGGCCUACAUAAGCCCCGGGCGAGCAGCGUGUGCCGCACCCGGCAGAUGCGCCUGCGACGCCAUGGCCAGGCUGACGGGCACCCGGCCCGUGGCCACCCGCCGCUGGGGCUGUGCCGCCGCCUUCCUCCUCCUCCUCUUCACCGUGCAAGCCGGUAAGGGCGGCCGCGGCGGGGGGAGGCGCGGAGGGUCCCCGAGCCGUGGGUAGCGCUGCCCUCGCCGGGUGCCGGGGUGCGGCUCGGCGGCUGAUGGAGAGCUGAGCGCGUCUCGCCGGCUGCCGUCGGGGUGCCGGGAAGGGAUGGAAGUGGCUCCUGGAUGUGCUGCACUCUCGGAGCCGGGUUGUGCUCGCUGGUGCCCCGGGGAAGGGCUCGGUGCCGAGGGCAGACAAGUCCAGCACCGCGGGGUACAGGGAGCCUGCUCCCCUUCCCCAUCCCCGCUCAGCCGGACUUAAGCCGGCGCUGGGAAGGGUAAUCCGUCAGCAAGACGGGAUUUGAGAGGCAAGAUGGGUUUGAGACAGACGGGGCCAAAUUCCUCCUGGGGGAAGGAUGCUCUGAGGAGCGGGUGGGAGUGGUGUCAGGAGGGAGAGGAGGAAAGGAAGGAAGGGUCCCUGUGCCCACAGGAGCAUGGAGACCCCUGUUCCACAUUCCCAGAUCCCUCUCCAGUCCCUGUUUGGGAUCCCAGCACGGACCCGCGGUGACACGAGUGUCCCUGCUCGGGAGCCCAUUCCUGGGUGAGGGGCAGAGCGUGCCUGGCUCCCCACACCCUCGGGCUCUCUGUCCCCCCGUGUAUCCAUCCGGGAUGCGAGGGAUCAGGGCAAUGCCCGGGGCUCGCUCUGCCCACAGCGGGGACGGGAUCGGGACAGGCAGACCGGGCUGAGAGCCAGUGCCGCCGGCACCCGGCCAUUUCCCAGCACACCCCAGCCUGGGACAUGGUGGUCUCAGCCCUUCUGCUGCAGAAAGGCAGUUUUUUGGCUCUCAGGGACACAAAUGUCCCCACGUCCUUUGUUCCCCCACACCCCCUUGGCACCAGCAGCCCUUUGGCAGUGGGGGAGCAGAGGCGGGAGGUGCACAGCCCCUCGGUAACCCCACCCCACCUCAGUGCCUGGGACUGGGGUGCAGCUCUGGGACGGUCCCAUCUCCCUGCAGCCCAAAAAGCCGACUUUAGCGGGGACUCCACGGCGGCCACCAUCAACCACUCGCUGACGCUGCUGCAGCGGCUGCAGGAGCUGCUGCAGAACGGCAACGGCAGCGACUCGGUGCUGCGGGUCCGCUCGGCCGCCUCCGACGAGCCCAAGGUGUUCCACACGCACCAGCUGCUGCUGAGCCUCCAGAGCGAGGUUUUCGAGAGCCUCCUGCGCAACCAGAGCGUCGUGACCCUGUACGAGCCGCCCGAGACCGCCGCGCUCUUCGAGAAGUUCAUCAGGUACCUGUACUGCGGCGGGGUCUCCAUCCUGCUGCACCAGGCCAUCCCCAUGCACCAGCUGGCCAGCAAGUACCGGGUCUGGGGGCUGCAGCGCGGUGUGGCCGAAUACAUGAGGACCCACCUGGCCAGCGAAUCGAGCCAGGGCCACGUGGUGGGCUGGUACCACUACGCCGUGCGCGUCGGCGACGCGGCGCUGCAGGAGAGCUGCCUCCAGUUCCUGGCCUGGAACCUGUCGGCGGUGCUGGGCAGCGCCGAGUGGGGCUCGGUGAGCGUGGAGCUGCUGCUGCUGCUGCUGGAGCGCUCUGACCUGGUGCUGCACAGCGAGCUGGAGCUCUACACGGCCGUGGAGGGCUGGCUGAGCCGCCGGCAGCCCGAGGCGCCCGUGGCCGAGCGGGUGUUGCGCUCCAUCCGCUACCCCAUGAUCGCGCCCAGCCAGCUGUUCCGGCUGCAGGCGCAGUCGGCGGUGCUGGCGCGGCACCGCGGCGCGGUGCAGGACCUGCUCUUCCAGGCUUUCCAGUUCCACGCUGCCUCCCCGCUCCACUUCGCCAAGUACUUUGACGUUAACUGCAGCAUGUUCCUGCCCCGCAACUACCUCGCGCCCAGCUGGGGCUCCCAGUGGGUCAUCACCAACCCGGCCCGGGACGACCGCAGCACCAGCUUCCAGACCCAGCUGGGGCCCAGCAGCCACGACGCCGGCAAGAGGGUGACCUGGAACGUGCUGUUCUCGCCGCGCUGGCUGCCCGUCAGCCUGCGCCCCGUCUACUCGGACUCGGUGGCGGGCGCCAUCCAGCCCGUGCGCAUCGAGGACGGGCGCCCGCGCCUCGUCAUCACCCCGGCCAUGAGCAGCCCCGACUUCGCCGGUGUCAGCUUCCAGAAGACGGUGCUGGUGGGUGUGCGGCAGCAGGGCCGCGUGCUGGUCAAACACGCCUACAGCUUCCACCAGAGCUCGGACGAGGCGGCCGAUUUCCUGGCGCACGCCGACCUGCAGAAACGCACCUCCGAGUACCUCAUCGACAACUCCCUGCACCUCCACAUCAUCAUCAAGCCUGUCUACCACUCCCUCAUCAAGGUGAAGAAGUAGCGAGGCACAGCUGGGUCCUGCCAUGCUGGCCCCAGCACCAUGGGGGGAACGCUUGGUCCCGUAGGUAGAUGGGGGUCCCCUCGCUGGGGGGCUCCAGGGCUGUGCUCUGCACUGCCCACCCCUCCCAGAGUGUUCCCCUGCCACAUCCUGUCCCCAUCGCUGUCCCUGGGGAUGGAGGAUGCUGGGAGCGCCCCAGACCCAUGUAGGGGGUGCAGGAGGUGAAACGUGGAGCCCACGGGCACAUCAGAGCCCCCAGUGGGUGCAGGGACAGGGACAGCCCAUCCUUCCUGUGAGGCAGCCCCGGGGUCCCUCUGUGUGGGCAGCUGGGUCCAGCUCAGGAGCUGCCCAGUCUGGGGGUGAGGGGCCCAUCAGCCUCCCCCAGUGGAGAAGGGGUGGGGGGCAGCUGCCCCAUCCCUGUCCAGGUACCCCCACCCCUUUCCUAAUAAAGCAGAAAA